GGACUGAGCGACAAUGGAGAGAUCUUGCGCACUGCCUUUCUCUCCUGCCUUUCACAGAGAAAGGACUGCGAAAGAUGCAGGAUUGUUUUGAAUGUUAUGGUGACAAAUUAAGUGACGAUGACGUAUACAACUCCUUCGUAAACACAGUGGCAAAGAUGCGUCGAGGAGCAAAGCCUGAACUUAAGGUACAAACAUCCAUUUCUGUGGAUGGGAAUUUUUUUUUUUUUUUUUUUACAUUUACUUAUUAAAUCAAUGGUUUGGGUGCUGACUGGAAUUUUUGCGGCCUGGGGGGAAAAGCAGGAGGUUGUAGGUGGCAAGAGACUGGAUGUAUGAAUAGUUCUGGGCUAGGUCGAUUUGUUCGUGUUCCUACUUAAUGUGUCUGUUUUUUCUUUCUUUUUUUGUUUUUUCCCCAAUCUGUGCUGUAGACUCUGAUAGAUGAGUUUGAACAAAAGCUGCACAAGUGUCAUAAUAAAGGUCUGGAGAAUAUGGAGAGUGAGGAACCUCAAGAAGAAAAUUCAGAAGGCCAUCCUCCACAGCCUGCCAGGAAAAAUCCUCCUGGUAAGUCUGGUCUUGUUGGUGGUUGAAAUGUAAUGUGCUUUGUGCAGUAACUGCCGUGUGCUCCAGUACUUGUGGGUACAAGAGUCAGACUGGGGUCAUGAAAUGGUCACAUGGUAUGGUGUGUAGAAAUAGGAAACUAAAGUGAAGCCUUGGGUUAUGUAACUGAAAGCUUUUCUUUCACUAUCCUGCUCUUUAUUUAUGCACGGUCAGCAAAGAGACAGCCGCUUUCCUCCAUCAACUCUGUACAGAAACCUAAAAAUGAAGAUGAUUUUCAGACGCCAAAGCAUCAUCCGCGCAGGAACCCUCGCAAGACUGUGGUUGUAACGUUCUCCAGUGAUGAAGAGUCUGGUAAGUGACAUUUGUGUGUGUGUGUAAAAUAAAAAAAUAAACUUUAAAAAUCCCAAAUCAAAGUCUAAGAGAAAAGGUCUACUUUUUUUUUUAUAUAUUUUUUAAUUUUUUUUUUUUAUAUUCUCUAGAUAUGGAAGCCGAGCUGAGUGAUGCGGAGACCCCAAAAAACCCAACACCCAUUAGACGUACUUCUGCUCGAUCACGUGCCAAGUGAUCUACGUUGAAUGCUUUUUAUGUUUUUUAAUGUUUUUAUUCCUGUUUGAAAACUGAGUAUUUUUAUCUUAAAUAUUAAAU